AUUUGCCAUCGCCAAUCGCCUCCUCAAAAAAGCCUAAUUAUUUCCCCAAAAAGAAAAAAGAAAAAGGGGAAAUAGAAUACAAUACCAUUGCAUUGAACGAGUUUUAUCAUAAUUUGUAAAAUCCUAACAUCAAUUAAUAGAAAGAAAGAAAUGAAAGUGUUGAGUUGGGUUGAGUGGAAUUAGGAGGGGGUUAUGGCGAAUUUGUACGUUCGGGCGGCGCCGACGACGGAUCUGAACCGGAACACAGAAUGGUUUACCUACCCCGGUGUCUGGAGCACCUACAUCCUUAUAUUGUUCUUCUCAUGGCUUAUGGUCCUCUCCGUCUUCGCUUGCUCUCCCGGCAUGGCAUGGACCGUCGUUCAUCUCUCUCAUUUCCUUGUCACGUAUCACUUUUUUCACUGGAAGAAGGGGACUCCAUUUGCAGAAGAUCAGGGUAUCUACAAUAGGUUGACUUGGUGGGAACAAAUAGACAGUGGCAAACAACUUACUCGUAAUAGGAAGUUCUUGACAAUCGUUCCUCUAGUUUUGUACUUGAUAGCCUCCCAUACAACUGACUAUCAACAUCCAAUGCUCUUCUUCAACACUCUAGCAGUUUUUGUUCUGGUUGUUGCAAAGUUCCCACAUAUGCAUAAAGUUCGCAUCUUUGGAAUAAACGCCGAUCAAUGAACUUGUGUCUAUUAAGUAUCUGUGUGAAGGUUCAGCUUUAACUCCUACAUCUUUAUGAUCCCGUUUAGAGAUUACUGAAGUUGUGCAGCUUGGGAACCGAAGAGGAUGUCAGUUGAGUAGCUAUUGGUAAACCCCUCAGAAGCUGGAUACUCUCUAUAUGGAACUCUUUUAUUAAGUACUAAAGUUUGCAUUUCACCACACAUUUUUAUUUUACUUUUAUAUCAUAAAUGCAGAUGCUUAAGUGCCAUAUUUUGUGGAGACAAAAGGAUCACUAGUGCGGUGUUGAGUUGAUUGAAUGUUUCCAUUAAUUUUUGGGAUUGUAUUUAGUCAGUAGGGACAAUUGUUGUUUAGAAAUUGUGGUUGUAUAGACUUUGGUUUCCGCUAAAGUUUUUCAGGGUCCUACUUGUCUCAGAUAACAUUCUUAGUUUUGAAAUUACACUCUGUAACGGAGGUAUUAUAUACAUUUUUUUAGAAUAAUCAUGGAUUGUUGAGUAAGGAAAGAAAAUACGUUAUGUGCUUG